AUGAAAUCUCAUCUUGUGUUCAUACCGUAUUCUGGAAUCAGUCAUCUUAGAUCAGCAGUCGAGAUGGCGAAGCUACUAGUGGACCAAGACGACCGCCUCUCAGUCACCGUGAUUAUCCUUCCUUCCCGUUUCGGAGACGAAGCCGAUUAUUCCGCCUACGUGGCAGCACUCUCCGCCGCACCAAACGACCGCUUACGCUACGAAAUCAUCUCCGGUGGAGAUCAACAAAACGCGGAGCCGACUUGGAUCGACAUCCAUGUCGAGAAUCAGAAGCCCAAAGUGAGAAACGCGGUUGCGAAACUCGACUCGUCGACUCUCGCCGGAUUCGUCGUCGACAUGUUUUGCACGUCGAUGAUUGACGUGGCGAACGAGUUAGGGGUUCCGAGUUAUCUCUUCUACACAUCAAACUCGGGUGCUCUCGGACUCGCAUUUCACGUUCAGCAAAUGUACGAUGAGAAGAAGUACGACGUCGGUGAGUUGGAUGUGGAUAGCUCGGAAGCUGAGCUGGUCGUCCCGUUCCUGAGCCGUCCUUAUCCGGUCAAGUGCCUUCCUCGCGUUUUCGCAUCGAGAGAGUGGUUGCCGAUCUUGGUAAACCAAUCAAGAAGAUUUAGAGAGAUGAAGGGCAUUUUGGUAAAUACUGUUGCUGAGCUUGAACCUUACGUGUUGGAUUCUCUCUCAAGUGGUGGUGUCGACACUCCUCCUGUUUAUCCAGUUGGACCACUUGUGCACCUCGAGAGCCAAGUUGAUGAUUCCAAGGACGAGAAACAAUCGGAGAUUUUAGCAUGGUUAGACGGGCAACCGGCUAAAUCGGUGGUGUUCCUCUGUUUCGGAGGCUUGGGGAGUUUCCGUGAGGAACAAGUAAGAGAAAUCGCUGUUGCGCUUGAGAGAAGCGGGCACCGUUUCUUGUGGUCUCUCCGUCGUCCGUCUCCGGAUGUAAUGAAGGAACGUCCCGGAGAGUACACGGAUAUGGAGGAAGUUCUCCCGGAAGGAUUCUUUGAUCGGACCAAGGAGAGAGGGAAAGUGAUGGGAUGGGCUCCACAAGUUGCCGUGCUGGAGAAGUCGGCGAUCGGAGGUUUCGUCACUCACUGCGGUUGGAACUCCAUGCUCGAGAGCUUGUGGUUUGGUGUUCCAACGGCGGCUUGGCCGCUGUACGCGGAGCAGAAGUUCAACGCAUUCGAGAUGGUGGAAGAGCUUGGACUGGCGGUGGAGAUAAAGAGGUAUUGGAGAGGCGAUAUUUUGGCGGGAGCGGCGGCGGAUUUGGUGAUGGCGGAGGAGAUAGAGAGAGGAAUCAAGCGGCUCAUGGAGGAGGAUAGUGAGGUGAGGAAGAGAGUGAAGGAGAUGAGCGAGAAAUGCCGCGUGGCUUUAACGGACGGUGGUUCGUCGCGGAUUGCUUUGCAAAAGUUUAUUCAAGAUGUUAAGAAGAAUAUCGUUUGA